UCGUCCAAUAACAGGGUUUCCUUCAUCGUCUAAUGCAACUUUCUGUUUCUUAUAUUUUGGGAGAGGAGAUUAAUGACAACUCUGGAUUUAUUUGCUUUGCAGUGACUCCAGUGAGGUCAGCUAGACAGGUGAUUGAUGCACUGAAUGCAGGACCUAAUAUAGAUUUAAUACCAGCUGAACUUGACCUUCCAUUGGCCAAAGGCUAGAAGAUGUUGAAGUACAUCAAUCAGGAUAAAGAGUUAUGCUGGUGCAUUCCCGUGUUCAUGAUGUCGGCACAAGACGAGGUCUCUGUUGUUGUCAAGUGCUUGAGGCUUGGAGCAGCGGACUAUCUUGUAAAGCCUUUACGCAUGAAUGAGCUAUUAAACUUGUGGACACACAUGUGGAGAAGAAGGCACAUGCUUGGACUUGCGGAGAAGAACAUUUUGACCUAUGAAUUUGAUUUGGUGGCCUUGGACCCUAGUGAUGCUAAUACAAACAAUACUACUGCUUUGUUCUCGGAUGACACAAAUGACAAGUCUCGUAGGAGCACCAAUCCUGAGAUGGAAUUGUCAACCCAUCAGGAAGAUGAGGUUGGUUGA